AUGAGCGAGGAACGGGCAGGAGAGGCGGCGGCCGCCGGUUCUUCUCCUUCCGAACAGUACGCGGCUAGCAACGCUGAGCAACAUGUGGAUGCUUCCAACGCAGACGGCGCUCCUGCUAGCCAGCAUCUAGAUGGUGCUUCGACGCAGUCGACUCAGCAACCCGUCGCAUCGGACCCAACUUCAAAUCAUGAUGAAGCGUCGCAACCCACGAUCACGGCAUCCACGUCGGAGCGUGACGUCGAGUCCUUGACCGCUUCGCACGAUCGCUCCGAGUCGUUGUCGGACAACAAUGCUAACACUGCCGCAGCGCUUAGCUCAGCGACAAUCUCCUCCUCCUCACCUCAGCUGGCCAGUCUUCCUGCCAAAAAGUUCACAUCGCUCAAUGUCAACAAGCGUUUUUUGGAGAAGGCUGGUCCCAGCACCCCCUCUGUUCCUUCCCCCGCCACCCUCAAGCUCGGCACCUCGGUCUCACCCUUGCCAUCGCAUCGUCUCUCUUCGCCAUCCGCCACCUCUCGCUUGACAUCUGCAAAGCUUUCCAGCGUCCCCAAACCUCAGCCUGCAGGUUGGGCUACCACCAAACCGCCCACGGCAGCCACUCCCAAGACGACUCCAUCAUCACAGUCUCUGGCGGCCGUCCCUCAACCGCCCGUCUCUGGUCCCGCCUCGGAUGCAACUCCUGUCUCCGCUGCUGCACCUGCAGACCCUCUGCCCGCACAGGCAUCCGCCCCUUUGCCAAAGGCAAUUCACAGCCCUAAGCCCUCCAAUCAAUCAGCAUCGCAGUCUUCAAACGGUAUCGCAGCUCCUUCCGCCAAUUCAGCAGCUAUUCCCUCACCGCGACUGGUCAGCAUGGGCAGAGACUCAUCUAGACCCGGCUCUGCUGGGCUUGACAGCGGCUCCGGCCAAGGCAGAGCCAGUCCAGGCCUUCGCAAUGCAGCGCUCGGCGCAUCCCUACGAACCCCGAGUCCCGCCAACGUUAGUCGUGCUCCCUGGGCCGGCGUCAAGUCCAGCCUGUCAUCCAACCCUCCUUCCACCACACGAGGAUCCCAACUUUCCGACUUUCCCACUGCUGCCGAAGCGGCGCGUGCUAAGCAGGAGCAAGAGGAAAAGGCAGCCGCCGCAGCUGCCCGAGAGGCUGCCAAACAGCAAGCCGCUCUCCAGGCUCUUGAUCGUUUCAGAGGCACAUCCCUCGGUUCAGGAAAGCAUUGGGACGAGAUGGAGGACGAAGAUGGCGGUUUUCUUGGUGAGGUCGUCGAAUUCGGCGACGGAUCGCAAUACAAAAUUCCCACAUCCAACGAUGGCUCACGAGGCGAAGCCGAUGAUGGCCCGCCCGUCUCCAAGGAGGAGCGCUUCAAGGACGUCACUCAUGACCGCAGCUGGCCCCAGCGUAACCUGGCACAACCUGCUGCGACCGCAUCAAGCGAUCGUGUAAGACCAGCGGCUGGAACAGCGGUUGGGCAGUCCGCCGCAUGGGGCCCCAUGAAGAAUCGCGAGUUGGCUACAUCCUCUCCAAAUGAAUCUGCACAAGCUACGUCUCGUCCCUCUCGCUCAGAACAACGAGCCGAGAAGGUCAUCAUUCCCACUACUGGUGCCUCCGUGUCGCUGCGCUCGCCAACGGAAACUAGGGAACCAUCCGGAUUCUCGCACGGCCGUGAACGCAGGCCUGGACUGGGUUCCGCUCCUUAUGGCGGCCGACAAGACUCGUCAGGACCUCCUCCAGCUGUUCAGGCUGCCUCGGUCCAGGCUGCACGGGCGUGGGGUCCCCUAGCUCAGCGACAGGCCUCGCUCAACCCUGGAUCUGCACCACCGGCAGUUGCUUCUCCCACACCUCCAUCCGCUGUUGAUACGAGUGCACCGCCUGCACCCACCGCCGCUCCAACAGCACCCGAGCCAAUGAGACCUGUUGCGCCGCUGCCAUCUGUACAAUCUCAACAGCCUCAACAGCCUCAACAGCUUCCAGAGCCUCAACAGCCUCAACAGCGACAGCAGCGGCCACUAGAGCUCCCACGUACCGCGCCACAGCCAGUUCGUGAGAGACAGCCACUGCCGGCUCGGGAGCCUCAGCCCUCUGCUGUCGGUUCAUUCAGCACAAACAGCCGCCCUCUACCUCCUCAUCUUCUCGUUACAGGCUCUGGAGACCGUCGUCCACCCGCACAAGCGCAAUGGAACAGGCCGCUGCCACCUCACCUUGCGCAGACUCUACGUCCUGCUGCGCCUGCUCAAUUUUCUGACGCAGCCGGUCGCAAAACUUCCCAUGCAUACGAGGAGACGCGUCGCACAGAAGCUCCCGCUGCGCCAAUUUCAGCAACGUCCGUGGGCAACGCGGGUCGACAUCAGCUGGAUAGCGAAUCGAUCGCGUCUCACUCGCAACAGCCGCCACAGGUGCGCGCCGAUGCGCAAAUUCGAGCACCGUGGGGUCCUAAGGCGAUGGCUCAAAGCAGGAUACAAAACUCGGCGGAUGCACAUGACCGUCAUCAACCUGCUGCCUCGACGCAAACCCCACCUGCACCUGAAUCUCGACAAGAGGAAGACGUUCACGCUGCUAUUGAACGCGCGCGAAAGCGCCGCCAAGAGGAAGAAGAAGCGCGACUGGCCGAGAAGGAGCGUGCACGAAAAAAGGCUCUCGCGAUCGAGGAGAGGAUCAGGGCAGCUGAACAGCAAAAGCAAGCCGAAGCACAAGCAGCGGCUCAAAAGCGAGCAACCGAGGCAGCAAACGCUGCCGUCGCUCCUCCCGAAACACCCUCUCUGAGAAAGCCUGGUCCUGCAGACAGUGCCGCGUCAUGGAGAACCGCGCGACCCGGCAGUGUGACAACAAAUCCCGAGACUGCCAGACCUCGCCUGCCGCAGACUUCGGCGAUGCCGACCGGCCAAGUGGACGCAGCACCGAUCACGGGCUCUGACGAGAAGAUCCGUAACAGCAGAGUUGCCUCAUCGCCGCGCGCACCUCGGAUCGAAGACGAUCGCAGCACAGUUCAACGAGAGCAGCGAGAGCAGAAAGUGACGCAGUUCAAGGAUCAGCAAUGGCAAAGAGGCGCCAUUGUUCACGAUGCGAUCGCCCGACCUGCUCUGCCGCAUCUCGAGAACGAAGCGCGGUCCGCAGAGUUGGCCGCCAAAGCACAAGCGACCGAGGCCCCGAAAACCAUCCUUUCCAGGCCUGCCAAAUCGCCUCCUGCGCCCUCUCCUGCUGAAGUUCGCCUCAAUCACGCGAUGCCGCCUCAGGGUAUUGAGUCAAAGUCGCAGAGGAGCAUUCCCUCAGCUACAGACCGAUCCGUUUCAACUACAUCUUCUGCAUCAAGGCCUAGAGAGGCUGCGCCACGAGAGAGAUUGCCUCGCGUCGCAGCGACCGCAGCCGCAGCCGCAGCCGCAGCCGAAAAAGCUUCAGUGCCGAUUCCAGCGCCAGUGCCAGUGCGACUGUAUCCUAUCGUGCCCAAGGAAAGCCUCGAGACCAGACAGGAAGCCGCACAAGAUGCACCACCCGCCUGGAAUCGCUUUGUGGUUCACUUGAACGGCAGCCGCGCACGACCCAAGCUCAAUCGUUACCAGCAGAAGCAGCUCUUCGCCAGAAUUGCGGCCAUGAAGGCGCCCGGACGAUCAGUAUAUCCCCUCACGUGGGAUCCCCCUCUGCCCCACCUCUCGAUCAAGACGCUUUCACGUGAUGACCAGCUGUUCCCUAAACGUUAUCACCGCGGUAGCGUCAUCGCACCAGUCAAGAUUCCGUCGCGCGUUUUGCCACGUGGACUUUUGUCGAUUGUGCCACAAGUCAUGUCGCAAGGUGCUGGCGUUGGUUCUCGGAAGCAGGCCCGUUUCGAUCUGACUCCGCGUUGGUCUGAGGGUCAGAGCACGUCUGGACUCGGUUUCCAGUUUUCAACUGGCGCACAGCCAUCGAGCCUGUCACCGGCAAGUCAGAUUCAGGUCCGUCUGCCCGGUCGUCACGCCACCGUUGUCCAACCUUCACCUGCUAGACACUUGCCUGAUGGCAUGCAGACUGCUGCCCCCGCUGUGGGUCGACGAAGCCAUCCCGUCGAUGCGACCACGGACGCUAUCAUCGGCGAAGUACUCUCGGCCGGGGCACCGCAGCCUUCAUAUGACGAUCGAGGCAAAUCGGCCUUCCAUGCAGCAUCAGCAGCAGCGCCCGGAUCUCUCGGCCCUCUCGACUAUCCGCAGAAUGGCUACUCUGCAGACGCUUUCGGAUCUCACAAUGGGGCUGGCGGCUAUCGCGCAAAGGGCCCUCGUGGAUCGAAUGCCGCUGUUGCCUUUUACGACGAUCGCCAAAUCAGCACGCCGUCGCCUGUUUCGUUCAUGGUCAGCAGCGAGAUCAAGGCCGACACAGGUGGUGCACGGGGCAGCCCUUCGCCCUUUGGUAUCCCUGGAUCUGCGCGGCCACCGCAAGCACAGACCCCUGCCAGCGCUGGUUCGAUGCUGCCAUCUCCUAGCAUGUCGACGCAAGGGACAUGGGGCCAGAGUUCGCUCACGUUCCCUGUCCUCGAGACGCGCUCUUCGAACCUGGCAGACCGUGACCACAUCAAGAGCGUGUGGUCGCUCGCCACCAACUCUCACGCCGGCGAGACGCAGAAUUCGCUCAAGGACAUUGGAGACGACUUCUUACCUUCUGCAUUGCCUAUGAGCGUUCACGACUUCCGUGCAGACGAUGGGCACACGAGAGGCGCACAGGAGGACGGCGACACGUGGGCUCCUUUCAACCGUUACCAGCAGACACAGUACGGACGCAGUCAGCAUGACAUGGGCACAAAUUCACGCGACCUCUCACCGGUGAAUCACCGAUCCAACGGUUUCGAUCCAACCUCGCGCAGCCCAGCACUGAGCCUGGAUGCCCCUACCGCAGCUGUGGCACGCGCCCGCGAGACUGGCCAGCACUAUUCGUCGGUACCACAGCAGGCUUCAAACGCUUAUUCGCCUCUAAAUGGCGGAGCCUACGGUGGACACCAGACAUCCUCAUUUUCCCCGCGAGAGCCUCAGCAGGACGGUGGAAGCGGUCUAAAUCAAAAGGGCUUUGGGGCGUAUAGCGGCUACGGAAGCGGUGCAUCCGGCAACAACAAUCUGUCGAGUAUGACAACCGAUGCGCUGUAUUCUAACUACAGUGGAGGGUCCAUGACGCCGAACCGGCAGUCGUAUGGACAAUUUAGCUCGCACGCUUCGACUGCACGCUCGGCGCCUGGAUCGCCGUACAGCGGCAUGAGCCGUCACGCGGGCAAUCUCAACAGCGGUGUUUCGAGCUAUUCGCUCUUCCCCACCAGCAGCAGUGGUGGCAAUGUCGGUUCCAGGAGCUCGCAGACCAGCAAUGCAAUGGAGGGACUCGGUGCCCUAGACGACACGUCGUUCGGCACGGGCAGAAGCCAGUUCUACGGCGCUCGAGGCUACCAAUCGCAACAGCAGCAGGCGAGCCAGUCGAGCUCGGCAGGUGGCUCGGGCAAGUGGCCCAGCUCGGUGAGCGGUGCAGGGUCGAACAGCAGCAUCAGCGUAGCUGGUAGUGUGCUGCGACCUGCAGCGAGCGUGUUUAACCCGUCGAAGUACACUUCGCAGCGGUCAUCGCCUUCACAGCAAGCUCGGAUGGGACAGCAUGUGUUACCCGCAUCGCAGCAGCAGCAGCAGCAGCAGGCGCACCAUCACGCACAAGCAGACUACUCGCUGGAUCCGACGUCGAGCAGCAACAGCGGUGGUCCGAUCGACCAACGUGAGAGCAGUCAGUACAGUCAGACUUCCACGGGCAGUGGUGCGUAUGGUACUUCUGGUGCAGGCUACAAUGCUUUUUCAUCCGGUGCAAUGUGGUAG